UUACCUACCUUCGUCCCUCCCAUAUAACAGCGACCACUACUGAAACUACACUCAACCUACACUCAACUCACAUCCACGUGGGCCCCAAUGCAUUGAGCAAAAGUUGUCCAUACCAGAUAUCACUAGCCAGUCUGCUUUAUCUCAUCCCAUUGUCUUCCGGUCACAACUCGUCGCCAACUCUCCAGGCGUCCGUCUAAUCUCGAAAUUUCCACGGUUUUCUGCCAAAACCAACCCAACGUUCGUAACUCACGCCGAGGGUUCUUGCUAAUCCUUUGACAAUGGCAUUUCCAAGUCCAUUCUACGACCGUGGACAACAGGCUGUCGGUUUCCUACAACCUCAUCAAUGCCAACUACAUAUGCGGCAACAGCCCAAGGAGGCAGUUCUCACCGUCGCAGGAAAGGAGAAGACUCGGAAGCCCAUCGAUCCGCCGCCUAUCAUUGAGUUUUCAGUCAACACACAUGCCGAUCCUCUCCGAUCACACCUCCAAAACCCCUACACAUUCAUGGCGGUGUCUUUAGCCAAAGCAGACACCGACGAGCCCAUUGAGGGCAAUCCUCUCACAGGCACUCAGGUCUCAUCCUUGCACCGCCUCAAGGAUACCUCGAACAAGGACGGUGCCUUCUUCGUCUUCGGCGACAUAUCCAUCAAGAUCCAAGGCACUUUCAGACUUAAGUUCGAUCUGUUCGAAUUCCAAAACGGGUUUGUACAGUGGUUGAGCAGUGAUUUCAGCGACAAGUUCAAGGUUGUGCUUCCCAAAGACUUCAAGGGCAUGGAAUCGUCGACACAACUCUCACGAACAGUCGCGGACCAAGGUGUUCGGCUGCGGCUCCGCAAGGAACCUAGAGUGGUGGCAGGUCAAAAGCGCUCUUACGAGAGCCAGACUACUCCAGCACCUCUCCGACCAAGCAGUGACCAGUCUUCCCCCCACGAGUAUCAGCCUAUGCCCAAGAGACACCGUAACGACAGCUUUCCCGAGCCACCUCACCCACCUGUCACAGCGUACUCGAACCAACCAUCAGCGUAUCAAUCUCCAGCAUACAACUCCAUCCCCAACUACAACUUUGGGGGCUCACUUCCGCUAGGAUCCAGCGUGUAUAGCAAUCCCGCCUUCCAGGUAUACCCUAGUUCCGUGAGUGGCUCAUCUAUGCCUACUACGCUUCCCACUCAGCUUUCCAAUCCGCUUCCCACUCAGCAUCUCACUCAGCAUGGCACUCAGCAUGGCACCCAGCAUGGCACUCAGCAUCCUGAUCAACAUCCUGGUCAGCUUCCUGGUCAGCUUCCCACUCAACUUCCUACCCAGCUUUCCGCUCAGCUUUCCACUACGGACUAUUCGUAUAUCGAUCCAUGGCAUUAGGGUUCGGUAUUCCACAUGAGGUAGAUUCACGACAGGUUCAUUGCUCGGAGUUUGGAGUUACGGUAUCCUCCACGGAGGCGAUAUACGAUAAAAGUCAUAGCAUCAAGGUCACGGAGUUCCCCACAGCUAUGUUAUACGGCAUGUUCACGGCAAUGGUGGAGUUUAGGUAGAGGUGUUAAGGCGCUAGUUAUUUAAUACAAAG